AUGAAUACAAUAGAACAUUGUACUAUUCCUGUUUUUAACGAAUAUGACUCUACACCUAUUCCAUUAGAAACACCAGAAAAUGAAGAAUAUCAUUUAAAAUUAUGUCUUUGUCCAUUAUGUAAACAUGGAAUUGAAGUAUUUGGAAGUAAACGACCUGUUUCAUGGAUAUUAAUUUGUAGAAUUAUUAUUUAUUCAUUAAUGGAAAUUCAUAAAGGAGUUUCAUAUUUUUCAUUAAAAGAUGAUAUUCAUGGAUUUGUUGCAACACAUUGGCAUAUAUUUGGACAAUUAGAUCAAUUUAAAACAAGUCCAAAUAGAUGGAAAAAAGCAUUUCUUGAUGGACUUAGUCAUUCACCAUAUUUUCAAAGUGGAACAUUAACAUUAAAAAAACCAAAUUUUUGGAAAUUAAGAAGACGAGAUUGUCCAUGGAUUAAACAAAAACGAUGUAAUAUUAUUGAAGAUGAAGAUGACCAAGAUAUUAAUCAAUCUUUACUUUUACCUCAAACAACAGAAAGUUCUCCUAUUCCUGAUUUAAAUGGAAUCCCUACUUCUGAUAAUACUAAAGAUUAUUUAAAAAUGUCAGUUGAAUAUGCUAAAGCUCAACUUAAUAAAUGUCAGUGGGUUUGUCAAAAUUUAGAAAAUGAUUCACAAAUUGCGCAAAAUAUGAAAAUGAUUACAGAACAACUGAAUUAUAUUCAUAUGUCAUUAAACGUGAUUGUUACAAAUAUCGAAAAUUCUCUUCCAUAA